UUGCUGCUUUACGGCACUGAUCGUUUACAGCUACUUAGCCUUAGCAUCAGCUAGGACCAGUCAGAGUCUGUAGUAGUGGUUGCAGCGCGGACAAAUUCGUGCGGCAUCCACUGUCUAAUGACACACGCGGGACACCGCUUUAAAAAUAUGCGCAUGGGUGUUGACUGAGAUUUAGCUGGCUGAUUUUCUGUGUUUAAACGCUGUCUCUCCGUGGAACUGUCUGUGAUCUGCAAAGCACAGAAACUCAACUCGGUCAUGGAUCCCGAAAGAGUAAAUCGAAGAGAAGAGAUCCAGAGAGCAAUGAGCUUCAUUCAAUUAUCGUUACCUUUUCCGGAGCCCGAGAAUUAUGAGCCAUUCCUGACCCAGUUGGUCUGUAACCUGCUGGACGAGGGCAACACGUGCUUCAGAGACGGAGACUGUCGUCAGGCCAUCCAGCAGUAUGGUGAAGGAAUAAGUGUUGCUCGCUAUGCACAGGCUGAAGCCAUCCUCAUCCCUCAUGAGCUGCUGGAGAGUCUCUACGUGAACAGGGCAGCUGCUUUUUAUCAGACGAGGGAAUUUGACCGAGGGAUUCAGGACUGUGACAGUGCACUGUAUGUGUCAGAAGGCAGCCGCAGGGCUUUGUAUCGUAAAGCACUUUGUCUGAGGGAGUUGGGAAGACUCAGAGAAGCCUAUGAGUGUGGAACCAAAUGUCUCCUGACUGCACCACACGAUCAACAGGUCAGUGAACUGGCUCAGGAUCUGGCGAGUAAACUGGGUCUAAAGGGCCGUAAAGCCUACGUGAGCCAGUUGGAUUCCGCAGCCAGUGAAGGGGAGAAUCACAGUGAGACUUCACCACCUACUGGAGAGAUGUCCUCCAAUGGACUUGAAUCCCUUGGCGACAUUGGACCAGCGGACAUGUCCAGUGCACAGUGCAUCCCAGCCCCCUUGGCCACGCCCAUCCCGGUCAGUGAUGAGCCAGUGACCCCGUGCACUGACUUGUCAGAGAGCCCCAGCAGCCAGCCUUUGACCCCAAUGCCCUAUUCUGUUCCUGUGUCUGAGCAUAUUGAUGAAUGCAACAGUGUUAUGAAAAAUGAGCUGGACAGUCUGGGGAUGCUGGAAAGCAUCCCCAAGAAAGUAAGUGAGAAUCCAGUCCAGGGAGCUAUCCCCACCAACCUUCCCAACACAGCAGUUGGUCUUAGGCCUCCAUACUCCCCGAAUCUUACAGCACCGUCGCCCCAGCUUUCGCCACCUUUCUUCACCUCCUCCAUCAGUGAUAUGCCCCCUCUGGAUCCAUACUCGGCUCUGGCCCAGCGAGACCAGGGCUCUACCCAGGCGCAGGACGCACUGGGAGGUUUUUCUACAGGAGCUGUGGACGCAGAGGGGAAGGGAGGAGUCACCGCAGGCGGACUGGACUCGUUGUUGGAGUACACUCUCCCUGGAGGAAGAGUGUGUCACAGCUUCAUACCAGGGAUGCGCAACAAUAAUGCUGGACAUCCAAAUGGUCCAGCAGGAACAAACCUUUCACUGCUCUCCAGGAACCCACUGGCAGCCACUCACGAGUUUCGACAGGCCUGUCAUGCCUGCUACAGUCGGAUAGGUCCACGAGUGAUGGACUACAAAUAUCAGCCUGAGGCAGCACAUCGUUGUAAGAGGGACGUGCUGCUAUGUCGCCUCAAAAACACAGACGAUCCCACUUGGAAGAGGAUCCGACCCCGGCCUGUUCGCAACAACUUCCUGGGGGCCUUUGUUCUCUGCAAAGAGGUGCAGGAGCGUCAGGAGUGUCAGUAUGGGGAGAACUGCACAUUUGCCUACUGUCAGGAAGAGAUUGACGUGUGGACACAAGAGCGAAAGGGCGCUCUGAGCCGAGAGCUCCUGUUUGAUCCACUGGGCAGCACAGAGCGACGGGCACUCAGCGUCACCCGACUGCUGCAGCUCCACAUGGGCAUGUUUAUGUUCCUCUGUGAGGAAUGCUUCGACAGUAAGCCUCGAAUUAUCAGCAAACGCAGCAAGGAAAACCUCGCGGUCUGCUCAAACCUCACAGCUCGACAUCCGUUCGAUGACAACAAGUGCCUGGUGCAUGUGGUGAGGUCGGCCAACGUGCGCUACAGUAAAGUUCGCCCGCUGCACCCCCUCUGUCAGUUUGACGUGUGUCGCCACGAGGUCCGCUACGGCUGCCAGCGUGAGGACAGCUGCUCCUUCGCACACUCUGUAAUAGAGCUGAAAUGCUGGGUCCUACAGCAGGACACUGGUAUAACACAUGAAGAAAUGGUGCAAGAGUCCAAGAGACACUGGCAGAGGCUGGAGCAGAAUGCACAGAAGCUGCAGAAGCCCAUCCACAUCCCUCAUCCAAACAGCAUAGCUGCAGGGGGCAUGGGGGUAAUGGGCACCAGUAUGGGAGGAAUGGGGGGAGAUGGCCUUGGGGUUGGUGUAGCCCCCAUGGGCGGGGUCGGGGUUGGUGGAUUGGGAGCGGCAGCAGGGCGGGGACGACCUCUCAACCUCAAAAUGAAAUUUGUGUGCGGCCAGUGCUGGAGAGAAGGACAGGUGAACGAGCCGGACAAGAACCUCAAGUACUGCACGGCCAAAGCCCGGCACAGCUGGACAAAGGAUCGUCGUGUACUGCUGGUCCCACCAUUUUGGGUUGUUGUCCGGCCUCUGCCUUUCUCUCGCACAUAUCCACAGCAAUAUGAUAUGUGUGUACACGUAAUGAAGCAGAAGAAGUGCCACUAUAUUGGGAACUGCUCGUUUGCUCACAGCUUGGAAGAAAGGGACGUGUGGACAUAUAUGAAGAACAACAGCUUGAGAGACAUGCAACAGAUGUACGAACUGUGGCUGCAGCUCACCAAUCAGAGUCGACGGACAGAGAGCUCUGCGGUGACCCCGCCCCCUGAUGACAAGCAGGUCAACAUAACAGCCGAUUACACAGAUGGCAUGGGUGGACGGCGGUUGUCAGAUGGAGACGAUCUGUGAGUGUUGCCAUGGUAAUCAGAGGCAGCUGAAUUCUGCGUACCUUCUACACCAGCUACACUUGACAGUCAGUCACUUCCCCAGUGUGGCCUGCUCCAGCAAACAAACACGCAGCAGAACGGUUAUUCCUUACACACACACACACAGGUUAUACACACACACACACACACACACACACACAGGUUAUACACAACAUACAGGCACCAAUAAUUCUGAGUAGGAAGUUUUGAGUUAUAGCACGUCGAAGCUACGCACACAUUUUACUGCAGCUCCAGACAAUGAGUUCUUCUGACUGAAGUCAUCAACUUGAAAGUCGUUAGAACUUGACACUUCCCUGUUCACCAGAAACUUCUUUCUAUUUGUGUUUGCUCAGCACAGACACUGUCCUAGAACAAGCGCGCUGGUCGCAGCUCUUGAAUUUGCGCUCAGUGAUCCUAGAAAACACAAUUGAAGCUCAGCAUCCUUUUACACAGGUUGCAGUUAUAACUUUGGUGUACCAAAGAAAACUGAGCUCACAGUGCUGCAGAGAAAUUAUACAUUUUUUCAGUUAAAUGAAGUUGUUCCUGGUGGAAAAGACUUCACAAAGCUGCAAAAGAACCAAAUCAUCUUUUUCUGUUUUUAUUAAUGGAAAUGAAGCAAGAGGGUUCUAAAUGUCUUUCCUGGAGACGAAUGUACUUUAAACAUCAUUCAGUCGACACCAGGGGAGCUGUCCUGCCUUGUACUGUCUGCCAUAUUGGCAGAACUCUGUGAAUGUAACGCCUGCAUUGGCUUUUAAAAAAAAAAACAAGGAAGUUGGUUAUUCAGAAUGUUGGUGUGUUGUUGGAUGGAUGCAGGAAGAAUACAGACAGUACAAUUGUUUGAUAUUGACAGUUGAAGUCCCACCAAUUGCUGUGUGGCUGUAAGCUUAGCAAACACAGCUGAGGCUGGUGUUAAGGUCAUGGAGAAACAAACCAACAAAGUCCUGCUCAGCCUUUUUUUUCCUAGAAAUAGAUCAUUUCAGAAAAUCAUGACCUCACUUCAACUAAAGCUCUGGUUUUGGUGAAAAAAAAGAUGGUAAUUGUAACAUAGGUUUGUACCCUACGACUUAAGAUACCCCUGAGAUAAAAAAAAAAAAGAGGUAUUGGGUUCAUCUCCCAGAGGAACCACAUGCUUGGCGUCCCCAAGGGGCACCCUGUUGCAGCACAUCUGCUGUUAAGACAAGAAUGUCCCCAGUGUGAAAUCAAUAAAGUCCUCAUUAUUAUUAUUAUUAUUAUUAUUAUUGUGUAGGAGAAAAAAGAAAUGGAGUUGUGCUUUUAUUUUGCGCCCCCCCCCCCCCCCUUCUGGUCAUUACCACCAAGCUGAGGAAUAACCACUCAGUAACUGGUUGAAAUGCAAACCUGGUUUAAAGUGAUGUCGGACUUUUAAAAAAAAACAAAAACAUUUGAGGCAGAAACAGUUGCUCAUUUGUUUUUACUUUGACUACUAUACUAGCUAAACUUAAAGCCAGAUUGCUCCUUUAUGUAAAGCCCUGAGCCCGUUAGCCUAAGAUGAGGGAUAUGAGUCACAUCCCAUACUGUGCCUAAAGACACCACAUGUCACACAUAGACACACAAACACACACCAAGGCAGAAUUAAAGGAAACCUCACAUUCUAGCCUUUAAUGUGGACAGAGACAAGGCGGAGGUAUGUCUGUAUUCUGAUACAUUAUACACACAUUAUGCAUAUUUACAAAUAAUGGUAUACUAAUAAUGAUAAUUGAUAACUUAGCAGUUAAGCUUAAUAAAUAUAUAACCUGAAAAACCUGUAUUGAUUACAUAGAACUUCUUGUUAUCGAGGUAUUGCUAUAUGACAUGUAUCGCUGAACUAGACGAUUAUAGUGAUGUUUUGUUUUUUUCAAAGAUUUUUUUUUUUUCAAACUUCCUUCUCUGUAGGUUGUUCUAGACAGGGUUUCAUUGUAGAGCUUAAUUGGUGAAUUUGAGUUAAUUGUUAAAAGAUUGGUUCCCAAAGGUUUUCUGUAGACCCCCCCCCCGCCCCCCCAUUCUGUGGACAGGACGAUUGUUGAGGUUGUUUUCAAACUUCACUGAACUUUUAAUUUAAGCUGUUAUUCCUAGAUAACUGCAAUUUUUGUUGGGGAAAAAGUGCAAUUUUACCCACAGGGACCAACCAAGUGUGAAAAACCAUGCGUAUGGUAGGAGUGUUUCGUUUAAAACAAUUAAGUUACACAUACAUUAUGAUUUGGCUUUUUGAUAAAUCAAUACUCUUUUUUUUAGAUUAUUUUAAUCUAUAAAUUGGCAACUUUCUGUUUUAUUUUUAUUAAGUCUUAUCGGCUCCUUCGUAGGCAGUUGUAAUGUAAUAUUAGAAAAUAUACUUUGGCAUAACUACAAACAAAAGGAGCUUACAGCCCAGCUUCAAUUUAUCUAGUUAUACCUCAAGUUUCCAUCUAUGGAAGAAUUUUAUUCUUAGCCUAGAAUGUUCCUUGUUUAAUUAAUGUUUGGCUGAUAGGUAAAUGUGUGUUGUUUUUUUAAAUUAUUUUUAAUGGGUGUAAUUGCUGUGCUACACGGAGUCAAGUCAAACCUUGAAUCCAUGUGGCACAGCAAGGAACUGCACUGAAGUCCAGACGACUUAUUUACACACCAUUCCCUUGUGGUGUAGGUGAUGUCACAUAUUCUUACCUUGGUGUUACUGUCCCAGACCACAGAUCCCAGAUCAGUUUUUCCAGUCUCAGCUGUCACAUUCUCCAGUCCUUGAGGCCUUGUCUGGAACAACCCAGCUAUUAGCUUCUUUGAGGGAUUGUAUUAUUACUACUAGUAUUAUGAUGAAUACGAUGACUAUAAUGAUUGCUAUCUAUUGACUAUUUCUAUUUCUCUUCUAUAUGCUAUUGAUAUAUGUAUGUUAAUUGCUAUGUAUAACUCUCUCUCUUAUAUAUGUAUCCAUGUAUGAAUAUAAUAACUCACAGUAAAUAUGCGUCUGUGUGUGCUGCAGAGGGCGACAGUGAGCAGAACCUAUGUUAGCUCCUGGUGGUUAGUAUGAGAAUAUUGACUAUUAGAAUUCAGAUGUUUACAUACUGUGUGUCAUCCUUGUCCCAGCUCUGUUCCUAGACUUUUGGAGGUUUAAAAAAGAAAAAGAUAAGUGACGAUUAAGUAUGUAAUGUUUGUCUUUCUCAUUGUUGAGCUACGAACAGAGCUCUCUGCUCACUCUCUCCUCACUCUGCUUUUUUUUCUUUGUUUCCUCUGUCAGAAGACAGAUGUGGAAACGAGCAAACACAGAGGCCUAUAUACUCCCUUAUAGCGCCUUAAUCAAUUAUACUACAUCUAUAAGAUGAUACAAACCCUACUAUUGUAUAAUCCUGCUUACUAUAUACAGUAUAUAUGAUACCUAAUACUUAUUAUAAAACUUAGACACCCUCGUAAGGUAAAUUAGAUAAGAGAUGGCAGAGCUGUUAUUUUCUUUUCUGUGGCCGUGGAAGAGUUUGAACCCGUGACAUGUCCCCAUCUUAAAUUUCUUUAAUUCAGGAUGUUUUUUUUUUUAAAAAGGAAAGAAUGUAAUAUUAAGAGAGCACCACAUAUUUCAGUGUUCUUUACCAGGACAACUCAAUUUUCCAUCCUUGUUCUCUAAACUCCUGCCUUUGAAGACCUGCAGAUGUGAGACAUUAAAAGCUUCAGAACAUUGUUGGUGGAAGCUCCUCUUCCAUUUGUGCAGACGGAAAGAGCAGCGAUGAUGAUGUAAUUGGAGAUAAAAGUGAACGUCUGUGCUUCAUGUACUGUGUGCCUGUGUGUUGAAGGACAAAGCAAAUCAUGACACAAAUUAUAUAUAUAUUUUUCUCUUUUUGUAACAUUUACAAAAAAACUAAAUUAUGUAUGGAUUUUUUGUUUGAAAUCAUUUUGUUUUGGUUUGCACAGUCAGACUGUGUAACGUAUAAUUAGAUUGUGUAUCAUAAUCAGUCACACAAUCCAAAGCCUGGAGGAGACAGUUUUUACAGUACAACAAACUUGGAUCAUUGCCACAUAUUUAAUUUUUUCUACAUUGUUUGGCAUGUGACUGAUCUUCAUACACAAAGUGAUUUAAGAUCCAAAAACUUUGAAUUAAACAUUCUUUAGAGAUGUAAUUUUCUUCCAAAAUUUCAUGUGACGAAAUCAGUAAAAACCCGACUGUAGUCAUCAAAUGUUUCUGUUGCCCCUGUCCCAGCCUCCAGGCUCUUUUUAUAUAAUUUGUGUCAUUUGAUUUGUAGCAACAAUAACCACACACACACAGAAAAUCUUUAUGAAACUGUUUUCAGUUGGUUUGAAAAUUAUUAGAAUUAUUUUCAACAACACCAGAUGAAGAAACCAGGGUUGUAAGAAGUGGAAAAAACAAGGCCUUUCUUUUGUACUGUAUUUUCACACAUUUUGUUGUCUUAUUCUAUUUGUUUUCUCCUGUUGACUUUGUUUUCUCUUUUCUCCUCCCUGGUUGGAAGUUAGUGAUCACACAAGUGGACCAAAUCUCUUGAAAGCAUUUAUUAAAAAGAUUGUUUUAAAAAGAAA